UUAUUUCCGUGGUGGUCUUUGCCCUUGCGAAAAGUCGGCCAGGAGUGUCCUGAUACCACUGGUUCCUAGAUUGGGGGUGAUCCUAUAUUGCUUUCAAAAUCCCGUCCUAUGGAUGAUGAUGACACAAGCGAAAAUGGCAAAACAUUUUGCGGCAGAAUCGAUGCUUGCUCCGCUGCAACAGCAUUAGGGCGGGCGGUGGACAACGAGGAAUCUGAUCUAGGAAUUCUGUGAGUGGCUGCAAAUCGGCCGAGCUCUCAGCUCCACUCUUCAACUUUAGACCUCCGAGCCAGGUUCGACAUCACUCACGACCACCAACUGCGGUUUCCUUUCCCUCCAGUCCUCUACGCUCUUCAGGCUCUCAUGUGAGCUGCGAUUCCGGCACGAUGACCAUCAAUCCGACAUACCUAGCCCAGCGGACGCGGUCCUCCAUCAAUUGGGCGGAUGCGCGCCGUCGAGUCCUGAAGUCCUACCGAGAAUGGCUGAGAGCUGGCCCUGAAAUCCAGUCGAUGUACUCCCUAAACAUGCCGGUCUCCAAGAUCCGCACGAAAAUGAGACAGGAAUUCGAGAAACACAGAUAUGUCAACCAUCUACAAGCGGUGGAUGUGCUCAUUACGCAUAGUCACGCCGAGUUUCAAGAGAUGAUGAAUUUCUGGAAGCAACAGUCGCAUGUUAUGAAAUACUUCCGAGCAGAGGAAGAUGACAACGCCAGGUUACCGAGAAACUUUAUCAGUGGAUUCCUCGAGGGCCGGAAUUGACUGGCUUCAAUCCGUCUAAUCUGAAUCCAACACUGUCUGUACAUAGCUAGAAGCAAGACUCCCAAACGCCUUCGCGAUGCAGCCUACAAACGAGAAUUGAUGCAAAAACCACUGCACUUCACGAGGGACGGGCAUUGAAUUCGUCUCGUGCCUCGGUGAAUUUUUCUGAGACCACGUCACAGGCUUCCAUCAUAUCCUCAAGGCCCUUUCUGAGGGCAUCCACUGCCGUUGUCUUGGUAUCUUCUGCUUUUUUGUUAGUCUUGUUCAGCACAAUGGAGCAGUCUGGCUCAACGAGGAAAUUCGUCUGUACGGUUUACUUACCCCAUGUUUGGAUCCGGAGGUGCAUCUUGGUUUCCGAGGGAUGAGGGAUGGUGUAUCCACAGAAUUCAACGUCCGGACUGUAGACUGUUAGUCCCGCCCGCGGCUCGCCUUUCAUGGUAGAACUUACUUUUUGGUGACAAAAUACCGUAGCGCGUUCCCGAGCGUGUGGUCUUCUUUCUCGAUCUGGAAUGAUGCCGCAUGCGAAGAUGCGCCCGGCAGCUGCAGAGUCAGGCCGUCAGCAUCGACAUCAUGAUAUUUCCCAAAACCGUGGAGUCGGAUCGUUUGAGAGAUUUUGCGCCGCAAUAGACUUACUACUACCAGUUUCUUUGCUCC